AGGGGGCGGAGUAAAUGCGGUUCUGGAACCUGAGGUCGGCGGCUUGUUUGUUACAUUGUAGCGGCGGCGCGCGGGCGUUACAUUGUUGUCAAAACCGACAAGUGGGCGUUACAUUGUUGCUGAAACCGACCAUCGGUUACAUUGUGAUCGGCGGCGGCUACAUUGUAUCGAGCAGGCGAGUCAAUUGUAAAACAACGAAACAUGUCUGGCAGAGGUAAGACCGGCGGCAAGGCACGGGCUAAAGCCAAGUCCCGAUCUUCUCGGGCUGGCUUGCAGUUCCCGGUCGGCCGCGUCCACCGCCUGCUGCGGAAAGGCAACUACGCCGAGCGAGUGGGAGCCGGGGCACCGGUGUACUUGGCAGCCGUGCUCGAGUACCUGUCGGCUGAGAUCCUAGAAUUGGCCGGCAACGCGGCCCGGGACAAUAAGAAGACCAGGAUCAUCCCUCGUCACCUCCAACUUGCCAUCCGGAAUGACGAGGAGCUCAACAAGCUGCUUGGAGGGGUGACCAUCGCGCAGGGAGGCGUACUGCCUAACAUCCAAGCCGUGCUGUUGCCCAAGAAAACCCAGACUUCCAAAAAAUGAGGCAAUACGAGCAUAUUUGUUUUGCGAAUGUUUUUUGACCAACUGGUUUUUCUUUGAGGGGGAAGGGAGGGGAGGUAAAACAUAAUUGGGGGGGGGGGGGGGGGGGGGGGGGGGAGAAGAGUAAAUCCAACUGAAAUCAUCACCGAUCUCAAUCUCCAUCGUUUCCAUUGUACCGUUGAUAUAACCGGUGAAUUCUCUGCCUAACACAGCCGCAGGGAAAAAAGACAAAGGAUUUAUGGCCGGAAAAUGUGUGUGAGUCGCCCUCUUGCGUGUGUGUGCCUGCGCGAGUGAAAGUGUUCACCUUUUGUGUUUUUGGACUUUAACUUGCAAGGAAUGUUGUAGUUAUUUUUGUUUGGGGAGAAAACGGGGGCGCGAAUUCCUAACACAUCUUGUUCCGGAAUUACAUCCAACAGCGCGCUCGGGGGAUCAGUCUGCGACCCUGGGACCGGCGUUGUGUGAUAGUUCCUCUCUCUCUGUCACCUGUCUUUAUCUUGAAGAGUUUUGUUUUCGAUAAUUUCGCUUUUUUAUCUGCUAUCCCUGUGUGUUUUUAAUUUAACCGUGGGAUCGUGAGACGUUGUAUCUGUAGAUUUAGCACUGCCGUCGCGUCGUUUGAGCACUUUUACUUUUGUGAGGUGGAAUAACUGAAAUAAAAUUUAAUGAAUGUU